AUAUAUUCGCACUCACCUCUGUAAUCUUAGCCUUACUCGUGUUUCAAAUUUUACCCAACUUCGAGGGAAUUCAAAACCCUCUCUGAUUUCGUUCCCGCCAUCUAAAUCCUCUCCCUCUCUGUGCGCAGUUAGCUCCGUCCAUUUUCGAGAGCUCAGCGCUCACCUUCUCCACCUUCCAAUGGUGAAACCGAAAGAUGAUGAAAAAUCGGACGGCCUGGAAAUCACUUCCAUUGGAUCUCUAUACAAAGGGCCUUGGGACAAAAAGUACUGGAGCAGCUCCAGGGGCAAAGAUCGAUAUCCUUAUCCCGUUGGAUAUCAAGUUGUUCGAGCUCAUAAUGGGGGCACAUAUAAGAUGGAAAUUCAAGAAGGUCCUAAGGGGCCUUUAUUUGUGAUUACUUCUGAUGGACAUACAGGUUCUGGCCAAACUCCAGAUAUUGCAUGGGAUAAAUUUCAAAAGAAAGGCUGCCCUCGCACGAAGAUUUGGCAUGGAAAGAGAUUUUCGUGCAAGAUAGAUGGGGUGGAGUUUUUUGGGUUUAAAAAUCAAUUAGUCCAAAGACUACUUCGGGAACUGGUGGCAAAUGUCAAUGGAACAGCAGAGCGAAGUUUGUUUUCCUCCAGCUCUGUCAAUGGGGCUUCUAAAACGGAGCAUGACAGUAGAUGCCCAGAUGCAUGUACAUAUCCUGAUUUGCUAGCAUCUUUGGCAAGACCACAAAAUACGGGAAAGAGAAGCAGGAAACGUGAAAUUUUAAGUACAACGUCAGUUGGUGGGGCUAGACUUAAAAGAUCCCGACCUCCAGAUCUGAUUUGUGAUGCUGAGGCUCCAAGUUUAACAAAAGGGAAUCAGAGGAACUAUACUCAUGGGUGUUUAAUGCCUCCCUCUACUUCAGAAAAAGAGAAUGACAUUUAUAAACAUCCAGGAGCGUUACCAGCAUCAGGGCGCUUAGUGUCUGGAACUGGGAAAGAAAAGAGUCACUUCUCAGCCAAAGAUGAGCCACCAUUAAAUUAUCCUGACUUCUCUGAUCAUCUCAGAGAGGAAGGUCUCCCUGCUCAAGAAGAGAGAGAACUUGAUGGUUCUGAAAAUUGCAAAUCUGCUGGAGUAGCAAACAACUUGCCUGCAGAGGAAAAACUGCUUGGUAGGUUACCAGAUACUGAGGUAGAGGAGUUCAAUCUUCAAAAUGCAACAGAAGACCAAAAUGGAAAUGCACUGGUUCCAAAAGACUUUCCGGAUGUUAAUGCUGUUGAUCUUUGUGCACCUGAUACCUUGGAUCUUAUGCAAGAUAGUACUUCUAAUUAUGCUGCAUGCACCCAAGAUAAAAGUACAUGUGGUGAGAAAGAAGAGUUAGCUGCAGCUAACAUGAUCAUUUCUGAAGGGUUGGUAACUGAAUCACAUCCACAGGAAGAGAUAGGCAUAUCUAGUUCAAAUGCGAGUUCUGAGAAAAAUGAUUAUGAUUCAGUUGGUCAGGAAAUGGCCAAGUCAAUGAUGACAUUUCUGCUUCCGCAAGCAAUUCCUCUGCUUAAGAAGGCCUCUAGGAAGAAAAAGGCUAUGGGUAUCCCUUCAAAAAUUGUGCCGUGUGUGGUGCAGUCUCAGUGGGAAAAUAAUGAAGCCAGAUACUCUGUAGAUGUUCCACCUCCUGCUGUAACACUUGCUGAGAGUGCACACAUGGAAAAGGAAGAAAGGCAUAUCCAAAAUACAGUUCUUGAUUUGGUUGGACCGAGUUUUGAACAUGCCAACUCUAUUGUUCUUGACAGUUUUGAGGAUGAUCAAUGUGGUGAUCUUGCAACUAAGCUGGUUAUAUUGUCUUCUGAUAUUGCUGAAGCUGAUCAGGUUAGUUUUGAGAAAGACACCUGUCCUCCCAACACUUGGGGACAGUUUACUGUACAGAAUGAGUCAUCAGUUUCUCAUGUUGAGACUAGUGGGAGCAAAGAUAUCUUUUGUUACAAUGAAGUACACAUGACUUUGAAUAAAAAGCCUCAGGAGGGUGACACAUGCAUUUCUGAGUCCGUUUUAGCUUGCACAUCACCAAGCAAUAAUGUUCUUCCUGAAAACAUUAAUGCUUAUGCUAACUUGGAUGAAAACCCAGUAGAUGUUGAACUCCAUUCUGGGGAAAAGCACCUCAACACUGUGCCUGAUUGUACUAUAGCUACUGAUGCUAGUGACACUAAUCAAAGAGGCACGGGAGAUUCUUCAAAAAUAUCAUCGAAGGAAAUUAGCAUUAACAGAGUGGUUGCUGAACCUGGCAUUACAUCCUUUACUCAAACACCAAAUACAGUUUAUCCCUGGAAAAAUGUCCGGAAUGUGGAUCUGUUAGCAAGAAAGAAUAAUGUCCCACUGUCAGAAAGUAUCAUAUACAGAAACUUUGGGGAGCAUCUUGACCCUGAAACAGAUCCUGCCACAGGAACUUUUCUUUCCACAGAGAUCCAUCAAAUGGACUGUUCUGAUGACAAAUCAGGCCAAAAAGACUUAGUUGUUGUUCAAGCCAGACUUGAAGGACAAUCCCAUGGUUUGCAUAAAGAAAAUGCUACUAUGAAUUUCGAAAGUGUUAUGAACAAUAUGGUUCCUGCUAUAUCACAAAAUCAAGCAUUCGCUUUUGCCUCCAGAGACAAGGAUACUUCAGAUGUUUUUGAGCCAUCUGUUUCAGUUUUAGCAAAAUCUCAAGUCCAUCUUGACGAGGAGCUGGUUGGGCACAAGAAUCUUGUUGAUUCAAACAGUCCCACAUCAUUUCUGAAUCAGAAGACCAGCUUCUGUGAAAAUAACAGUUCAAGUGCCAAAGGAGUUCAAGAUAGUGUAGACGUGAAACUCAGGAAGAUGGAGCUUAAUAAUGAGCUACAAAACAUUGUUGAGCUUGUCGGUUGCUAUGUCCACCCCAUGCCUAUUUCUUCACUACUUUUGAGCACCAAAGGGAAUGAAAUCUACAUUUGUGUUUUAUGUGGGCUUCUGAUGGACAGAGACAGAACCCUGUUCAUCUACAAGUUACCUAUCAAGGAACCAAGUGUAGGAUGCCCUUCUUUUGUUGGGCACACAUCCGCAAUGUUGCCGAUUCUGAAAAAUUACUUUGGUAGAGAAGUUGAAGUGGAAGGUUCUGGUUUGCAAUUUGCUCCAGAUGGAGAGCAUCUCGUUUUACUUGACAGCAUAAAAACACCUUAUUGCAGGGAAGGGAGAAUCCAGUGCCAGUGUUCAACAUGUACAUCAGACUGCUCUGGGGAGAAUGCAGUGAAGAUUGUGCAAGUAAAAUUUGGCUAUGUUUCAAUUGUUGUAAAAUUGAAAACAGUUGAGAGUUUACAGUGUAUAUUGGUUUGUGAACCUAACCAUCUUGUCGCUGUUGGAGAGAGUGGGAGUCUGCAUCUGUGGGUCAUGAAUUCAGCAUGGAGUGCACAGAUAGAGGAAUUCAUUUUACCAGCUAAUGAUUGCACCUCUCCUGGAAUAAUGGAGUUGAAGAGGAUUCCAAAGAGUACUUCUCUAGUUGUGGGUCAUCAUGGUUUUGGGGAAUUUAGUAUAUGGGAUAUUUCUAAGCGCGUCUUUCUGUCAAGUUUCUGUGCUCAAAGCACUUCAAUUUAUCAAUUCUUUCCAAUCAGUUUAUUUAGUUGGAAAAACGAAGACCCUGGUUUCAGCAACUCCAAUGUCAAGGAACACGUCGAUGGGAUUAUGGCUGCAACAAAAAUGUGGUUUUCAGAGAACAGUGAGAAUAGUACUUUUCUUCCAUCAGAAGGGGAAGAUAUUGCUGUCUGGCUUCUUGUCUCAACUAUCUCUGACUCUAAUGCUCAGCAUAACAAUAUACCAAGUGAUUGCCAAAAUCAUUCAGUAGGAUGUUGGAGGCUAGCUCUACUGGUGAAAAAUAUGGUCAUCCUGGGAACUGCAUUGGAUCUAAGGGCUGCUGCCGUUGGUGCAUCAGCUGGUCACGGGAUUAUUGGCACAAGUGAUGGACUUGUGUAUAUGUGGGAAUUAUCAACAGGAACCAAACUUGCCAUGUUGCAUCAUUUCAGAGGUGGCAGUGUUUCAUGUGUUGCUACUGAUGGUUCAACGGGAGGUGCUUUGGCAGUAGCUAGUGGUGAUCAGUUGCUGGUUUAUCUGCAGAUUAUGCACACCCAAAAAAGUUCUUGAAAAUAACAAGGGGUUUUUUCUCUAACGUUUUGUUCUGUGAAAUGUUAUCAUAACGCAGUGCAGCCUAGAUUCAGAGUCAGCUGUCAAAUGUAUGUGGUUCAUGCUAUAGUAGUUGCUGGUGAUGGAGGUCAAUUGCUGGUUUAUCAGCAGAUUCUGUACGUUCAAAAAAUAACAAGGGGGUUUUUGCUCUAACGUUUUGCCGUGUGACAUUCACAAGGCGGUGCAGACUAGAUUCGUACAGGUUCCAUUCGUUUUUGUCAAAUGUAUAUGGUUCGUGCUCUAGAAGUAGCUGGUGAUAUGUAUAGGUCAGUUGCUGGUUUAUCUGCAAAUUCUGCACGCUCGAAAAAGUUGUUCAAAAUAACUAGGGGACAGAGACACCAAUUGUUGCUCAAAUGUUUUGUUCUGUGAGCUUAGAUAUCAAGAACCUUGAUAUUCAUAAAGCAGUGCGGCAUAGAUCCCUACAGGUCCCCAUUCAGUUUGAUCAAAUGUACAUAGUUUUUCAAUUGAUAGAUCAAGGGGUUCAUUAUCUUGUUUUUAACUAAUAAUCAAU